AUGGAAAACCUAAUUCGAAGUAUGAUUCAAUCAACUCAAAGAAUUCAAGUUCCGGUUGAACCUGAUAUUCAAGAUGCAACAAUGGAGGAAAUUCUCAACAAUUGUAUAGAAAACAAUGCUUUGGCACAGGAACGUGAAGAAGAAGAGGCAACUAACGAAAUCGAAGCUGAAGAACAGCAUAUUAUUUAUGAUUCUGAAGUUAUGAAUAAUUAUGCGUUGGAAAAAUUAAUUAUACAACCGGAUCAAGAUAUUGUUGGAACGCUUAUGGGUUACACUGCCGAAACAGUGGAGGAACUUCUAGGUUUCUACGAAAAACAUGCUAGUGCGGUUGGAUUUUCCAUAAGGAAAGGAAACACGAGAUUCAAAGUUGGCACAAGAAUCGUGCUUGAAAAGACAUUUCUUUGUUCAACAGCAGGAGUAACAAACAAUGGAAAGAAAAAAAAGAAAAAAGUGCAAACAGUUGUUCCUGUAGUGCCCAAAAAAGAGAGAAAACCAAGGUUUGUCAUCCACGACUUCUUUAACUACAUGGAAAUUGAAGCUGGGGGUGAAGAAAAUUUAGGGCAGUCGAAGAAAGACCAUCUAAAAUACUGCACGAGGUUAAAAAUGAAGCAAAUAAAAGGAGGUGGUGCACAAGCAGUAACUGACAUAAUGUAUUUAGAGCUUGAAGGUGACCCAAACUUCUUUUUUAGAUUUAGAUUAGAUGAAAAAGGCAAAUUGAGGAGUUUGUUUUGGAGGGACUGUAUGAUGAUGGAAGACUAUAGAAUAUUUGGAGAUAUAGUGGUUUUUGACACAACCUAUAGAACAAACAUGUAUAACCUAAUUUGUGCUCCAAUAGUUGGAAUAAACAACCACUGGAACAAUUGCAUGUUUGGUUGUGCAUUCAUAGGAGAUAAAAAGAUUGAGUCGUUUGUGUGGCUUCUACAAACUUUCAAAAAGUCAAUGGGGGGAAAAAGUCCAAUAUCAAUCUUUACAGAUCAAGAUGCAGCAAUGAACAAUGCCAUCAAUCAGGUCUUUCCAUAUUCAAGACACAGAUUGUGUGUAUGGCAUUUGCAUCAGAAUGCUAUUACCAGAUUUGGGGCAUUGAAACGAGAUCUAACUUUUAAGAAGACAUUCAACUAUUGCUUGUAUAAGUGUGUCACAGUAGUUGAAUUUGAAACCAAUUGGAGAUCAAUGCUGCAAAUUGAAUUAUACUACGUACGUAAACUACAAAUUGAACAUCGGCAUUAUUAA